CUUUCUCAUCCGAGAGCGACGAAGAGCUCUCUCCCCCUCUCUCUCUCUCUCUCUCCCUCUCUCUCUCUCUCUCGCUCGGAUGCGGCGAUGAGAACCGCCUCCUCCCCUGCGGCUUCUCCCAUCGCCAUGGCGAAGAACAAGAACGCCCAAUCCCACAAGGGUCCAGAUCAAGUUCCUCCAAGGAUUACAUCAAACGUUAAGCAGAACCUGCAAUUCUUAAAGUUGUGGAAGGAAUUUCAAAAGAAGAAGACAAGUACACCUAAGCCUGCCACUAGUUACCGCAGAAAGAAGGCAGUGAAGGAAGACCUUCCAGAAGAUACAGAUCUUUAUCAAGAUCCUACUUCAAAUCUUUACUACACAAAUCAGGGUUUAGACGCUGUUGUUCCGGUUCUGCUUGUCGAUGGUUACAAUGUAUGCGGCUUCUGGGCAAAGCUAAAGAAGCAUUUCAUGAAAGGAAGGCUUGAUAUUGCUCGGCAGAAGCUCAUCGAUGAGCUGAUAACAUUUAGCGUACUCAAAGUUAACUUUGCGAGCUAUACAGAGGUAAAAGUUGUAGUGGUGUUUGAUGCUAUGAUGUCUGGACUUCCAACUCACAAGGAAACUUUUGCUGGUGUUGAUGUAGUUUUCUCAGGUGAGACAUGUGCUGAUGCUUGGAUUGAAAAGGAGGUUGUAGCUCUGAGGGUGGAUGGUUGUCCGAAAGUUUGGGUUGUCACAUCCGAUGUAUGUCAGCAACAAGCAGCAUAUGGAGCAGGUGCUUAUGUGUGGAGCUGCAAAGCAUUAGUAUCAGAGAUAAAGGCUUCGGAAAAAGAGUUUCAAAACAUACUUAACGAACACAGGUCAACUUCGGUACAAGGGAAACUGCUUCAGCAUAAUCUGGGCCGCGAUGUGGUUGAUGCGUUGAAGGAUCUCAAGAAAAAGCUCUCCGAAGACGAGUCGACGUAGCUGCCCUUUACUGGGAUGGACUGCCCUUUACUGGGAUGGACUAACAAAGCUACUUCAAAGGUGGAUGAAUCGCCAAUCAUAAUUAAGGGAUGUUACUACAAUUAUCAAUUGCUGACGGAAUCACCGGGGAAAAAAAAAAAGGAAAGAAAGAAAACAGAUGAGGGUAUUUGAAAGAAAAUUGAGGGCAUCAGGAUUCAGUAUCCAUUUGUACCUUUGGCAAUGAGAGUUAACCAGGUCGGUUGAGUUUGCUGUACUUCUCUGUACAAUAAAAUCAGAGAAAAAAAAAAGAGAAAAGGAUAAUUCAAGUUUCUUAUCAAUUGGGCAGAUUAUAUGUCCCACAUGUUGUAUGAACUUAAUUUUCUGUGUCAUUUGUUGUGCUAGCAUAUUCUGAUUACAUAAGCAUAAUUUGUAGAACUGUUUGAAAAGGCAUUAA